UCUUGGAGCCCAGGCACCGCAGCAGCCAGCAGCCAUGCAAUAGUCCACAUCCUGGUUGGUGCGCCUCUUCGACACGUUCUCUGGCAGCUGGUCUUAUUUGCUGUAUUUUUUUAUAUUGUCAGAAGAUCAACUAUCACGCUCCUCAACGCAGAAGUGUGGGGGAAAGACCUUUGACCACCUCCAAUCCACACCCCACCGUAUUACCAAAGUCACUCCAGAUUUGACCGAUCCAGCACCCUGACAACAUCUCACUCGACCGUUCCCGCUUCAAGCCAAAGUAGACUUUUACAGCUAUAGAUAUCGAACUGUGAAAUCGUAUUUCUCUUGCGCCAUUCACCAUGGAGACCCUCAAAGCAGUCUUUUUCGGCCCGGAUCCUCAAACACAGAUGAGAAAAUGUAACCAGCUCAUCCGCGCCAAUACCCGACAGUUGGAUCGUGACAUCGCACAACUGAAGACUCUGGAAAGCAAGACACGGCAAUACAUUAUGAAUUCGUCGAAGCGGGCCCAACGCAAUCCCUCCCAGGCCAAGCAGGCCAACAUGGAGGCCAAGACCUUUGCACGAGAGCUUGUUCGCAUUCGCAAGCAGUCUACCCGGUUACAUACCAGUCGUGCGCAACUGCAGAGCGUUCAGAUGCAGGUCAAUGAGGCCUUUUCGGUUCGGAAGAUUCAGGGCAGCUUGAAGAAAUCGACGGGGAUUAUGAAGGACGUCAAUACAUUGGUCCGGAUGCCCGAGCUGAAUGCCACGAUGCGUCAGCUUUCGACGGAACUGGUGCGGGCCGGGAUCAUCGAGGAGAUGGUCGAUGACGCCAUUCCUAACAACGAGUUACUGGAGGAAGAGGAAGAGGAAGCAGAGGAGGAGGUCGACAAGGUCCUGCAGGAGAUCCUCCAUGGCAAGUUGUCUCAGGUCGAAGGGGUCCAGCCCGAGAAGCCAUUGGAAGAGGCUCCGGAGCCAGAGGACGAGUUCGCGGAUCAAGAAGCGACACUAGAGCAGAUGCGAGGACGGCUCGAAGCCUUGAAGAGCUGAGGAACAAUGAAGACGUUUGCGUGCAUCUGCAUCUUCGGGCCUAUGUGACAAUGGAUAAUGAGUCACAAUAUGCCGUUGAAUAUGGGUUGCUUUCCUUUCAUGUUGUGAACGGCGUUUGGGUAGGAUGGCGGGCGUCUUUGGGAUGAUCUUAAGUAUCGAAUGAGCUCAUUUCGUCCUAAUGUUGACUACGGGACUGGCCUUAACUGGAAACCUUGAGCGGAUUGAGCUGUUUCUGUUGAUUUAAAGAAUUUCCCCGAUAAUAUCCCUGCUCGUAAAUAUAUAUGAUCAUGUUUCCUUCUACGCAAUUUUGGGCUGGCACUGGGCUUGAUUGCUUCAGUUGAGUCUUUGGGCAGCAGGGACUCUUGGCGCAGCGGAAGGUUACAGAUCACCGCGAGCUUAUUGAGUCUGGACUCAUGUGUCGAAAUGAAUAUACGAGAUUAGAUUGCAUAGCUAGGUAGCGUUGUUACAUUAGCUUGAAGUAAGCUGGAC